UUUCUUCUGCAGGUGUAGAGUACUGCGUCACAGCUGACCGCUUUCCGCUGGACUCACGUGCCUUGUGGAGUCGUGAUGGGAUCCACCUGAGUGACGAUCUGGGGAUGCCGCUUCUCGCGAAGCUUCUGUGGCACUUCUCCUUUCGGCAGCUACAGUCACCUCUGCCUGUUACACCACCGCCUGUGUCUCCUCCCAAGUCACCCCCGACUGUGAGACCCUUUGCUACCACCGUGGUUGUGAAGGGAGAGGUUUCACGUCCACGUCCCCUUGACCCCUUCAAGGAAACUGUCGUCGGACGUCGCGGAAAGCGCAGCCAACCUGAGUCCUGGGAUGCGCCUGAGGACUGGGAUCAGUCUUCCGUGCGGAUCCUUCCUCAUGAGGUUUGUGUGCCUCCUCUGGUCCUGAGGGAGUGCUUUGUCGUGCUAAACCCUAUCCGGUUUAGCACUGACAAGUUGGCUGCAAUGGAUCGCAUUGUUCCAUCCAACCUUGACGUCCCCAUGGGGAAUCGCUCAAAGAAACGGAAGGUGGCACAUGGAACCACGGCUGUGGUCUCCAAAGGAAAGAAGGCCCGCCUUGAGGCACUUCAAACUCCAGCAAGGAUUGCCAAACCUUCGAAGCUGGUACCUCCCCCUCGACCUGUUCCAGAAGCUGCUGUACCAGCUACUCUGGAGGGCGUACCUCCUCGUCGACCUGUUCCAGAAGCUGCUGUGGCAGCCACUCUGGAGGGCAGCGUCUUUGUGCAUUCGAGCAAGAAAGUGUAA